AUGAAUAGCAGUGUUGAAAGACCCCGCAGAUGUAUAGGAGACUACCAUCUCCUUAAAACCCUUGGAAAAGGUGCCUUUGGUGAGGUGAGAUUGGCUAAGCACGAUAAUACCGGCAGAGAAGUUGCCAUUAAGGUAAUCAAGAAAAAGAGUAUGGAUUACGAUCAUCUGCAAAUGCUUUUACAAGAAGCUAAGAUUAUGAAAAGGUUAAAUCACCCUAAUAUAGUUCAACUGUACAAGGGGAUUAACACCAGGACCACUCUUUACCUUGUCUUGGAAUAUGCCAGCGGAGGAGAUCUUCACCAUCACUUAGUAAAACAUGGGCGCAUGGAAGAGGAUAAAGCAUGUGUUCACUUUUGUCAACUAUUGGCAGCAGUUCAUCAUUGUCAUAAAAAAUCAGUUGUACACCAUGACAUAAAAUCUGAGAACAUUCUUCUUGACUGUGAAGGGAACAUCAAGCUCUCUGAUUUUGGGCUAAGUGAUAAAUUCACUUUAGGGAAAAUGACAAAUAAAUUCCCUGGAACACUUACUCACCUGCCUCCAGAAUAUUAUGAACGUAGGGAGUAUGUAGGGCCAGAAGUGGACAUUUGGGCCCUUGGUGUGGUGUUCUAUGAAAUGAUCACUUGUUCUCUGCCAUUUUAUAGCCAAAAUCUGAGUACAAUGAGAAAGUUUGUUCUUCAGGGAAACUAUGAUAUUCCAUCCUACAUAUCUAACGAAUCAAAGAGCUUACUCAGCAAACUCCUCGUUAAAGACCCAGAGAGUAGAUGUUCGUUGGAGCCAAUCCUGAAUAAUCGGUGGAUUAGCGUAGGACCUCAGUUGGAUAGCAACUCUGCAGAGACCAAUGAAAAACCCACAUGCAGCAACAAAAUAGCUAUGUCCAUCUCAUCAAUGGGUGGUGAACUUGACGUCUAUUACAGCUGCUGUUCUCAAAAUAAUGAUGAUCAUGAUAGUGACAAUAAUAGCUUUGUUACUGCUAAGUCAAGCCCACCCUCUCCUGAUGCUGCAGUCCCAUCUGAUGAAGAACAUGAAAAGCUUUCUAUGCCUACACCUCCUAGAAGAACAAGCGGAUGGCGCUCUUUUUGGAACUGCAUUAGGGGACUUUUUUGCUGCUGCUGCUGCUGCUGCUGCACCAAAUAG